AAUGGCAGGCCGGCGCCGGGCCCGGGCCCGCCCCCGCGCGCCGCGCGGCCCCGGCGCCUCAUGGGAGUUGUAGGCGCCGCCCGCGCCGCCCGGCCUCGGGCAGGUGCUCCAGGGCGCGGCCCGGAGGGCGGAGGCGGGAGCAGAGGCCGCGGCCCGAACUCGCCGCGCGGCCCGAGGCCCGGGGGCUGCCCGGUGUCGCCGGGCGCCUCGAGCCCGCGUCCCGGAGCCGUCCCGGCCCACGCGCCGGUAACGCUCUGAGCCCGGUCCGGGCUCUGGGCCCGGUUCCGAGAGCCGCGGGCCCGGGAAACGGCGUCCCCGCGCGCGCCCGGAGCCGUUCGCCGCGCCCGGUGCGUCCUUGGUAACCGUCGGCGCCGCCCCGCCCCCGCGCAGCGGUUGGCCGCCGCGCCAGUCAAUCAGCGCGCGCGGCCCCGCCAUUGGCCGGCGGGGGAGGCCGGGCGGCCCCUCGGCGGCGGCGGGAAAGCUCGUCUGGCUGCCCGCUCGGACCCAGGUGUCCACGCUCUGCUCUGCGCCCAUGGAGGACGGAGGGCCCCCUCGGCCGGCCCCGGAUGAGGCCACGCCGGGGCCCGAGCCCAGCAAGUUCCUGGUGGCACGCAGACACCCAAGCCGGAGGAAUGGGCUGUCCAGGCUGUGCCAGAGCAGGAUGACGCUCUCAGGAGACCGGUGGAACUCCUACUGCCUGUCUGCGGCCGCCCCGAGCGUCCUGGGCUCCCGCCCGCUCUGCCCCACGGCGCCCGCAGGGGAGCAGGAGGACUCGGCCGGCUCCUUCGUCAGCACGUCCUGCUGCUCGCUGCUGCGGGGCCUGUCCCUGGGCCGGCCCGUGCCCCUGCUCCCGACGCCUGUGUGCAACCCCAACAAGGCCAUCUUCAUCGUGGACGCCAAGACCACAGAGAUCCUGGUGGCCAAUGACAGGGCCUGCCGGCUCCUGGGACACAGCAGCCGCGGCCUCAUCGGCCAGAGCCUCACGCACUUCUUCCUGAAGCCCGACUGCGAGGUGGUGCGGGCCCUCAGCGAGGAGCACGUGGAGGCCGACGGCCAGGCCGCCGUGGCCUUCGGCACCGUGGUGGAUGUGGUGAGCCGUGGAGGAGAGAAGGUGCCAGUGUCAGUGUGGAUGGAGCGACUGAGGCAGGAGGCCCAGAGGCUGCGCUGCGUCGUCGUGCUGGAGCCCGUGGAGCGGCUCUCAGCCUGGGUCGCCUUCCAGGGAGACGGCACCAUCACAGAGUGCGACAGCGUCUUUGCCGUGCUGCACGGCUACGCCAGCGGGGAGGAGCUGGUCGGGCGGCCCCUCAGCGACCUCAUUCCCUCGGCACAGCUCCCGCCCCUUGGUGCUCCCAUCCCGCAGAGCCUCAGGAUCCAGAGGUCUGUCGGGAGGGCCAGGGAUGGCAGCACCUUCCCCGUGAGCCUGAAGCUGAAGCCGGGCCCCGAGGGCGGCUACUCGGCGUCCGUCUGGGUGUUCUCCACCAUCAGCGGCCUCGUCACCCUGCUGCCCGAUGGGACCAUCUACGGCAUCAACCACAACUUCGCGUUGAUGCUCUUUGGCUACGGGAAGAGUGACCUCCUGGGCAAGAACAUUACUUUCCUGAUUCCGGAUUUCUACCGCUACAUGGACUUCCCGUGCGACAGCUCCUGGCCCCCACUGGACCUGGCCAGCACCGUGCAGCCUGGCAGCCAGAAUGGGCCUGGGCUGGGAGGGGAGCCGCAGCAGGCCUGGGGCCUGGAGGACCAGGCCCAGGGUCCGAGAGACGGGACCCAGCCUGCCAGCGAGCCCACGCUGCCGGCAGAUGCGGCUUGGCUGUGGAGUGGCCAGGAGGCCCGGACAGGGUCUCGCACCCACAUGGACCCUGGGGGCCGCCUCCCUGCGUCUGGCUCGCCUCUGCUUGCUUCCAGGGUAGACAGUGCCCCAGAAGGGAGCCUCUCGUCCCAGGAUGGGGAUCCACCAUCGCCUGAGAACCAGAGGAACAUUCCAGAAGGGAACCCAGCAGUGCAGAGUGCGCCAUCCUUGCCUGAGAAACAGCAGAUGCCUCCAGAAGGGUAUUUGGCAGCCCAGAGUGAUGAGUUCCAGGACCCACAGAACCUUCCAGAAGGGAGUCCAGCAGCCCUGGCGGCACCGUCGUUGCCUGAGAAGCAGCAGGACGGUGUCUUGGGGAAAGAUGAAUGUGUGACGGAAGAGAGCCUCGGGCAGGGCCUCCUGGGAGGCCGCAGGCCUGGUGCAGUGGACACGGAGCCACUUGCUUCCUGUGAUGAGUCUGGGACGAUCCCAGCAGAGCAGAGACGCCCCCUUGGUGACGAGGAUGCCCUGUACCAGGAAGCGGGGCCAGGGGGCCCGCACGGCGGCCAUGGCUGCGGUGCCUGGGAGCAGUGGGCGGAGAGGAGGGCCGCCCGGGAGGAGCUGCAGGCCUGCCUCAUCAAGGAGCGGCUGUCGUGCCUGGCGCUGGCCCCCGGGGGCCCCUGCCGGGCUGCAGAGGCACCGUGGGCCCCUGGGAGCCCGGAGCAGCUGUGCCGGCGGGCGGGCAGCUCCUCGGCCUGCUACGCGCUGGCCACUGACCUGCCCGGGGCGCCCGCCAGCCCCUGCCCCUGGGGCCUCCGGGACGUGCUCUGGGGCAGCUGGGCGGCAGGUACCUCUGGCUGCUGUGCGGUGCCCUGCCCUGCGAUGACCCCCUCGCCCCCCAGUGGCCAUGACCUGCUGCUGACCAGCACCACUGUGCACCUGCGGGAGGGCCGGCGCUUUGGCGAGAGCUGCCUGGCGCUUGGCGGGGGGGCCGCUGCCAGGGAUGAGGGCCCCUGCGAGCAGCCCCGCCUGAACAUCCAGGUCACCUCCACGCCAGUGAGAAGGGCCAGCACGUCAGUGACCACCCCGCUGCCUGAGAUCCUGGAGGGCACCUUCUCGGGGAGCUGCUACCACCGAGACGGCUCCCAGCUGAGUGUGCAGAUUGAAGUGCGGCGGGUGGAGCUUCGCGGUGCUGCCACCCUCUUCUGCUGCUGGCUGGUGAAGGGUCUGCUGCAGGGGCGCCUUGACUCGGCCACCCACACCCGCCUGCUGCUGGCCAACCUGCCCAGCUCCUCCCACGAGGACGAGCUGCCCGGGGCCGGCCUGGGCGAGGCGCUGAAGACCACGCCGUGGUUCGAGGAGCCCCCCAGGGCUGCGGAGCUGGAGUGCCUGGCGGCCUGUGAGGGGCCGUAUGCCCUCAAGUACAGCACCCUGAGUCCCCUGGGCAGCGGCGCUUUCGGCUUCGUGUGGACGGCGAUGGACAGGACAGAGAACAGGGAGGUGGUGGUGAAGUUCAUCAAGAAGGAGAAGGUGCUGGAGGACUGCUGGGUGGAGGACCCCACGCUCGGGAGAGUCACCUUGGAGAUCGCAAUUCUGUCCAGGCUGCAGCACCCCAACAUAAUCCAGGUGCUGGAUGUUUUCGAGAACCAGGGCUUCUUCCAGCUAGUCAUGGAGAAGCACGGCUCUGGCCUCGACCUGUUUGCCUUUAUUGAUCAGCACCCCAACCUGGAUGAGCCUCUGGCAAGUUACAUCUUCCGACAGCUGGUGGCAGCUGUGUGCUACCUGCGCUCUCAGAACAUCCUCCACCGUGACAUCAAGGACGAGAAUAUCGUCAUCGCAGAGGACUUUACCAUCAAGCUCAUCGACUUCGGCUCUGCCGCCUACUUGGAAAAGGACAAGCUCUUCUACACCUUCUGCGGGACCAUCGAGUACUGCGCCCCCGAGGUGCUCAUGGGAAACCCUUACAGGGGACCUGAGCUGGAGAUGUGGACACUGGGCGUCACACUGUACACGCUGGUCUUUGAGGAGAACCCUUUCUGUGAGCUGGAGGAGACUGUGGAAGCGGUGCUGAACCCCCCGUAUGUUGUGUCAGAAGAGCUCAUGAGUGUGGUCUCAGGCCUGCUGCAGCCGCAGCCCGAGCAGCGCACCACCCUGGAGAAGCUGUGGGAUGACCCAUGGGUCACGCAGCCCGUGAGUCCUGCUGACUACACCUGGGACGAGGUGUGUUGUCACCGCAAGCCAGGAAGCGGCGUGCUUUCCCCAGCUGGCCUGGACACCAAGGGCAGGAGCCCCAGCGAGGCGGCUCGGGCUCCGGAGCUGCGCCCUGCCCCCAACCCCCACUGACCCUGCCACUGCUGCUCUUCCCGCUCCUGGGAAACUCCCGCUUCCAGACACAGGGUGCGCGCAGGCCCGGCACACGGAGGCCAGCGCCUCACCCGGCAGCAUCGGGCCGACCGUCGUGAC